AGCAAGAUCGAAGCAUGUCUGAUACUCUAAUGCAUAAGCAGAAAUUUAAAGAAGUAACAUAUUGAGGAGUACAUCUAUACAAGAAGUAUAACUUAAUGCAUAGUGUACUUAAAUACAAAGUAUAUGCGAAAGUAGAUUGAUUUCUUUAGGGUUUUGGUUUUCCUAAGUUUACACAAGUUAUCUGAGAACAGACACUUCUGAUUUCUUUAAGAAACACCAAACGUACGCUAAAAGAAAUCGGUAAAAGUAAAAAGCACAGUGAAUAUACAGAGAGUACUGUUCAGGGCGAGAUUGGAAAAGUGCAGCGCCGCUUAUCUCCCGAUCGAGACCGUAAGCACCCAAAUGGAAACCCCGAGGCAACAUUUAUUCUUAUUUAUGCGAAAGACAGAGCACUAUCCGGUGUUUAGCGAUGUUCAAUUAAGAUACUGGCCGAAGAAAUUGCGAACUCGAGUCCACAAACUUUGGUUCCUCGUUUCCCUGUGAUGAUCGAAGCCAUGAUGGCGCAUCCGCAUGUGCAGUCCGAGUUUCUCUGCAUCCUCGGCGCGGUGAUGGUGCUGAUGCGCGUGCUGGUGAAGGAACGGCAUCAACUCCGGCGGAACGCGUCGAUCGUUACUCUUGCUGGCAGGGAGGAUCAUGUCGUUGCCGAAGGGGAUCUCGGCGCCCGAUCUCAAAAUCGGCCUCGGUUUUUGGCCGUUGCGGAACUGAUGGCGGCAUCCAACGAGUGGGAGGACAGAUCUGAGCCAGAAGCGGCGGUUGAUCGGACGGAUUUUUUGCAGAUCUAGCGUCGUGAACUUGACGGCGCUGGCUUUCUUCUCUGAAUCCGUGGUAUCUUCCUUUCUGUUUGAUGAGUCUCUGGGGAGGCGAAGGGAAUCAUCAGAGUGCGCAUCGGAUUGAUCGAGUUUGUGAACUGUGACGUCAUUCACCGGUUUGGUUAAUAGAGAACGGGCAACAGAGAGGGUGAAGAGCAAAAAGAGAACCGCAACGGAAAGCUUCGACAUUGUUACUGUAAUUCGGAAUGGGGACGCUGUAAUUUUAAAUUACCCAAAUGUGUAGUAUUUUGUUUGUACGGGUGUGUAUAUAUAGAUAGAUAUAUAUAUAUAUAUUUUAAUAUAGACGGACCUAUAUUUUAAUACUCCGUCUGUAUUAGAUUCGAAUUAGGAAACGAAAAUAUGUCCAACUCCGUAUUACUCCGUAGAUAGGAAUUGGAAUUAACGACAGGUGGCAGUUUUUCGGCUUAUCAGAUUUAUCAGUCAACUUUUUCAUCAAAUACGUAAUUUUUACUUUUGUG